AUGGUUGUGAAUUCUGAUGGGGUGCUUAAGGACAACUACACAGAUGAUCAAACAUCGGAAGAAGACCCUAACGGUGAUAACAUAAGGACAAACAGGUCAAGCGAUGAUGGCCCAAGGAGGGGCAUAAUGAGAUUUACUGAGCCGCUGUUUAGUCGGGUGAUACCACACGGUGGAACCCUUUCCAACACUUUCACUUUUGCCUCGGCUACCCUCGGUGGAAGCAUAGUCGCCCUGCCAUGGGCUUUCCACGCGGUGGGAAUAGUGAUGGGUACCGUCUACCUGUUUUUGAUGACAUUAGUGACUGCAUACACCGUCACCAUUAUUGGAUUUGUCAUGAAGAAGUCGCGAUUCAGUGGCUUCGAGCAGAUGUCCCUAGUUGUGCUGGGCCGGGGUGCUGCCUACUUGAUGUCCGUUGUUAUGGGCGCCAGUUGUCUUGGUGCUGCUGUCGCUUAUGUCAUCGCCGUGCGCACUUUGCUUGAACCGCUACUGCAGCAGUCUCCGUUGACGUCAAAUUUUUUUGGAACGACCGCGGGUGUCCGCCUAACAACAUUUUUUGUUUGGCUGUUGGGGAUGCUUCCGCUUGUUCUGCCAAAACAGAUCAAUUCCCUGCGCUACUUCUCGGCGAUUGGAGUAGUUUGUGUGGUUUACUUUUCAGUCGCCAUAAUUGCACACGCCACUAUGGCUGGAGUACCGAAGCGUGGUGACGUUUCAAUGUUUCAGGGUGGAAACAUCGCAGUUGAGGGAUUUGGUAUUUUUAUCUUUGCGUAUCUAUGUCAUUGUGUUGCAUUCCAAACAUACUAUGAAAUGAGGAUUCCCAGUGUGAGAAAAUUAUUUAUUUCAACUACCAUCGCCAUGAUAUUUUGCUCUGUACUGUACUGGUUUGCAGGCGUGUUCGCCUAUUUGGAGUUCGGCCCGGAGGUUAAAGACUCAGUGUUGUACAUGUAUGAUCCCAUCAGUGAUCCCAUGAUGUUCGUUGCGUACGUGGGGCUCGUUGCCAAAUUAUGUGUUUCCUACGCGAUGAAUAUGCUUCCUUUGCGAAACACAGUGUAUUUCCUCCUUCAGUGGGAGAUUCAGCAGCUACCAUAUUGGAAGCACACAGCUGUAGUGACGGUAAUGUCCAUAUUGGUACUUAUUUGUGGCAUUUUCUUUCCCAAGAUCAGCACUGUGUUUGGUUUCGUAGGCUCUGUUUGUGGCGGCCUCAUUGGCUUUAUUUACCCCGCUCUUUUCUACAUGUAUUCAGGAAACUGGUCAUUGGCGACUGUUGGAUGGUUUCACUACAUCAUGACCUACUGCGUCUUAAUGCUUGGUGUCGCCAGCGUGGUGUUCGGCACGGCGGCGACGAUUUAUGCGAUUAUCAAUUAG